AUGUCAUCAAGAUACCAACCUGGUAUAUCUUCAUGCUUCAUUUCAGGACUAGGGUUUGGUGCAAAAUCAAACGGUCUUAUUCUUCCUCGCUGUCUUAUUAGUCAACCUUUCAUUCGCAUGAUUGGCAAUUUCUUCAUAAGAAGACACGAUUUUUUCUAUGAAACUUCUACCUUUCUCUCUCUAAAACCAAAUUCAGUUCUCCAUCCGGUGAUAAUAAUUACUAAACGUCGUUGUUCGAUUUGUUUUUCGAUCGAACGCUACAGGAAUUAUAACUUGAAUAUAUUGGAAUGGCUCCAGCAUCCAGAUCUAAGUCCAAGGACAAAAAGGCUAACAAGGAACCUCCCAAGGGCUCUUCAAAGCCUUCAGGUGAAUGGUCGUUUCCGAAACAUAGAUGAGACGGAUGAUCAUAGUGGGAAUUCAAUUGCAACAAGCACUGAGUAUGAUUCUGUUUCAAAUAAUGGUAGCUGGUCUGGUGAGUCAGAGGAACAUAAAGAAAAAAUGCUUCAUCCCCCUCCAUAUCAGGAGUCAGUACCUGGAGCUGACAAUGAUAAAAGAGAAAAAAUUAGGCAGAAGAACGAGAAGAAACAUCAGCGACAAAAGGAAAGGCGAGCUCAAGAACUGCAUGAUCGGUGCGUUGGCUAUCUUAUGUCGAGGAAACUAGAAUCACUUGCUCAACAACUCGUGGCUAUGGGUUUCUCUCAAGAACGGGCAACAAUUGCUCUUAUGCUGAAUGAAGGGAGAGUAGAGGAGUCAGUAGCUUGGCUGUUGGAAGGAGGCGAAGAAGAGAAGCACGCCGAACAUAAUCUUGACAGUGGGGGUAAUUUGAAAAUUGACAUAUCUGAAGAGCUUGCUUGUAUUACUGACAUGGGAAUUAGGUAUAAGGCCUCUAAACAGGAGGUUGAACGAGCUGUAGUUGCAUGUGAGGGCAAUCUUGAGAAGGCGGAAGAAACGUUGAAGGCUCAGAAGCAGGACCCCUCUGCCUUUCCAAAGCCAGAAGAAAUUAGCGAUCUUCCUACUGUAGUCAAUAGUAAUCUACAAAUAGCUGCUAGCCAGAGUGCAACAGGACUGCAACCAAAGCCUACCGUAUCUACUACCCUACAACAUGGAAUGGAUGAAAAAGAUUUCAACUAUACCAAAGUUCCAGCUACUAUAGGGUCUUCAGUAGAUCCAGGAAUCAAAAGUACGCAACAGAUAAGGAAAAUACAAUCAAGAUUGGAUUGGGCCAAGCCACAGCAGAUUGUUGUGCCAGCUGAGAAAAGGUGGCCAGGUUCAGGAUCAAGUCCUCCUGUUUCAUACUCGUUAGCUUCACAUUCACAGGCUUCGCUUCCACCAGCCAAGACAGAAGCUCGUUAUGUGUCCAUUGGAAAUGAAUUCAAGAACCUGCAGCUUGGAUCAGUGAGAGAACCCGUCAUAAUGAUGCAGCGGCCCCAAUCCAUCAACGUGAAGCAGGCACCUGCAUCAACAUCUCCUACUGGGACAGCUGUUGGUUGGUAUCCUAAUGGUGUCGAAAAUGUGAAGCGCAAUGGAUUUGUGCCACCUGUCACUAUCACAAGAGGCAUGAGCCCAAAUGGUGGUGGUUCAAAUCCGUUGUAUAACCAGCUCCAUUACCAACCUCAGCAGCAGUUCGUGUCAAGCAGUAGCUCAAUAGAUUCCCAAGGUACAAACCGAGGAAUCGGUUUGUGGAGCCGAGCAGGUACAUCACCAACACUUGCCGCUUCAUCCCUUGGACUGUUCUCGGGACUGGGCACCACUGUCACAUCUGGGUCUACAUCUCCUGUAGACUGGAAAAUGGGCAGCUCGAUGUCGCAGUUAGAUUACACCAACAUAGACUGGAGUUUGGAUCGUGGGUCGUCUACACUGGGGACUGGGGGGUUGUGGUCCGGGGUUAACUCCUUGAUGCAAAACAAUACUCGUCCACACAAUUCAUUUACAUAUGGGGUGAAAUCUGCUAUGAGACCUGUUCUGUCGAAUGGGAGUGGUAUUCAGAUUCCAGGAUUGAAGGACGGGAAACCUACAGAAACGGCAGUUGGUGGUUCUCGGGAAUGGACUUCUCCAUUCGAAGAGAAAGACCUUUUCAGUUUACCCAGACAGUUUGUUUCCUCACCUUCUCUGUAA